AUGUCGGCCGCCCGCCAAAACGGCGCCGCGGCGCCCACGCCCAACGACGACAUCUGCCCCGUCUGCAAAACGAUGCGCUACCUCAACAAGGACCUCGAGUUCCUCAUCAACCCGGAGUGCUACCACCCCAUGUGCGCCAACUGCGUGGCCCGCAUCUUCUCCGACGGGCCGAACCAGUGCCCCUACGCGGGCUGCCACAAGACGCUCCGAAAAAAGGGCUUCAAGUCGGCCUACUUCAACGACCUGACGGUCGAGCGCGAGGUCGACAUCCGGCGGCGCGUCGCCGCCGUCCUCAACAAGGUCGAGGACGACUUCGAGACCCUCGCCGACUACAACGAGUACCUCGAGUGGGUCGAGACCCUCACGUUCGACCUCAUCAGCGGCUCCGACGCCGACAAGAAGACGGCCGAGGCCAAGCUCAUCGAGUGGGAGCAGGCGCACCGCGCCGAGAUCGAGCGGAACAGGAGGCUCGCCAAGGAAUCCGAGGCGGACCGCGUCGCGCGCUUCGAGGCGGAGAGGGAGGAGGCGAGGCGGCGGCGCGCCGAGGCCGCGGAGGAGGACCAGGCGGAGAAGGCCAAGGAGCAGCGCAUGCGGGAGGAGAUGCUGGACGGGCUGGCGUCGGGCGACGUCGGCGAGGCCAAGCAGACGCUGAACCGGAUCCUGCUCAAGAAGCGCGGGCAGGGCCGCAUGUCGGCGGCCGUGGGCUCGCUCAACAGCGCCACGUCGACGACGUCGGACCUGUCGAUCCGCGGGCUGAAGCGGGAGAAGAAGAGGGUCGUGGAGGAGAACAAGCCGUACGACCCCUUCGGCGGGCUCAAGCUGGACAUGGAGAGGUACGCGCUGGGGCCCCUGGACGAGUACCGCAACCACUGGGUGGACGAGGCGAGGAAGAAGGACGAGAUCGUCGUGGGCGGGUACAGCGCGGAGGAGUAUCUUGGAAGGGCCAUGUUCGAGGCGUUUUCCGGGUUGGCUGUGUUCAUUGACGACGAGAAGGGCCCCGAGAAGGUCGCUACUGCGGAGGCUGCUGUGGCUGCUGCUACGGGCCAGAACACCCAGAGGAUGGAUGUGGAUGAUGUCUUUUAG